AUGGGGCCAAAUCGUGUCCUACGACGGCCAACCUAUCUUCACUUGGUUCGUCUGUCCUGCCUCUUUGCGUCUGAAAUUGGACUAUUCAACGAAGCGAGUGGAACGCGCUGCUCCGUUGCAUCAUUGCGAGACUGGCAACCUGAUUCUGCCUUUUUUCCUUUUCCCUUCUUCUGCCACUUCUCUUCGAUGAGCCCCAAAGUAACCUUAUCUCCGCGUGGCAACUAA